CCGGAUAAAUUCCACAACCAAAACCAAAACCCGGAGGGCCUGUCAGUUGCCAUCUUGUCCACGAAACGUACGAAGUACGGGCAUCGACACCAACGCCAAGCACCGCACCGUCCCCGCGCCCACCGGCGACAUGAAUCCGCCCGCAGCAGCCGCGUCCACCGGCGGAGGAGACCGCGCCGCGGCAGCCCCGGAGUACGCGGCCUACCCGAGGCUCACGCCGGAGGACGUGGCCCCGCCUCCGCCGCCGUCUUACCAUGCCGCCACCGCCGCGCCGCCUCCCUACGGCGGCAACCCCUACGUCUCCACCCCCGCCGGCGGCGCCGCGACCGCCCCCAAGAAUACGAUGGACUCGGUGAAGGACGUGCUCGGGAAGAUGGGGAAGAGGUUCGGCGAGGCGGCCCGGAAGACCGAGAACAUCACCGGCAACUUCUGGCAGCACUUGAAAACUGGCCCAAGCAUUACUGAUGCAGCAAUGGGCAGGAUCUCCCAGGUCACUAAAGUCAUUGCAGAAGGUGGAUAUGAAAAAAUUUUCCAUCAAACCUUUGAGGUCGCUCCGGGCGAAAAACUCAAGAAGCCAUAUGCAUGCUAUUUGUCAACCUCGGCUGGACCUGUUAUGGGUGUACUUUACCUGUCCAAUGUAAAACUGGCCUUCUGCAGUGAUAACCCACUUGCAUACCAGGUUGGAGACAAAACGGAGUGGAGCUACUACAAGGUGGUCAUUCCCCUUGCUCAACUGCGAUCAGUUAACUCCUCGACAAGCAGAACAAACACAUCAGAGAAAUACAUUCAGGUGGUUUCAGUUGAUAACCAUGAGUUUUGGUUCAUGGGCUUUGUUUACUACGACAGUGCUGUAAAGAAUCUGCAGGAAGCACUUCAGGAGGCUCAGAAUUUGCGUGCUUAGUGAUGCCCAUAGAUUGGUAGUAGCAUGUCUUAUAAACUACAGUUGUAAUAUACUUGGUGUCGACUGUUGUCCAGAUUUAGUUGGAUAGGUAUUGGGACUAUUGGCUCUGCUGUGAUUUGUACCAACUUGAACCAUUUUUCAAUCGGUGACAUCUUGUGCAUCUUGUCA